UACCCGGGUACUAUACAGCGAGUAGCAAAAUUCGUGGUUUAUAAUACCCCAAAUAUUAUAUAUUCUAGCCCGUCUGAAAAGGGGGAAAGAAAUAUUUCAAGUGCAUCUUUUAUUAAUAUUACUAUACCUAUGUGGGUUAUUCAAGCUGAUUUAUACUAUAUGUCUUAUGAUCAAAUUAGAAACAAAAUUUAUAAAUUUGCGUUUAAUUAUGUAGAUAUUGCUACUCGUAUAAAAUGGUCCUAUCCCUUAACUAAACGUAAUUCUGCUAGUGUUGCUAUAGACCUUGAAAAACUUUUUAACUCUCAAAAAUGUAUUGUUGAAAAGUUUAAUAAGACAUUACAAGAAUGGUCAUCUAUUAUUCAAGAUGCUGUUGAUAUGAGAUUACCUAUAUCAGAAU